AUGGAUCCGAUAGCCGCGGUAGCAGCGCACAUGCACGAUCUCGUCUCCUCGGUCCCCGGGAUCAAGGCGCUCCUCCUGGACCAAGAGACGUCCCGGAUCAUUUCGUUAGCAACGAACCAAUCGACCCUUCUCUCGCAUUCCGUCCUACUCAUCGAAACGCUCAAGCGAUCCAAGAAGCCCUCCAACGCGCUUUCUUCCGUCCGCGCAGUAGCCUUUCUGCGGCCCACAGCAGAAAACAUCCAUCUUCUGCGAGCAGAGCUGCAUGCGCCGCGCUUCGCGUCCUACAAACUCUGCUUCACAAACAUCUUGCGCCGCUCAUUCAUCGAAGAGAUUGCUGAUGCAGACUUAUCGGAACGCGUGACAGAUGUGAGGGAGCUGUUUGCGGAUUUCUAUCCGCUGCAUCGCACUCUGCUCUCUUUUGCCGUCGUACCGUGCUUGCCAGCCAUGGAGGGGACGGGUGCGAACCUGCGCAGUCUAGCGCUGGAGCGUACUGUGGAUGGCGUCAUUGCGAGCUUGCUAGCGAUCAAGAGGCGGCCAAGGGUGAGGUUCCAGAAGGCCUCAUCUUUGAGUUGCGCGAUCGCGGAGAGAGUUGUCGUACGCAUGGAACAAGAGAAUGAGUUGUUCCAAUUUCGGAAACGCGACAGCGAGCCGCUCUUGAUUGUGCUAGAUAGAAGGGAGGAUCCUGUCACGCCGCUGCUCAAUCAGUGGACGUAUGAGGCGAUGGCGCAUGAAUUGAUCGGAGUGGAAUUCAAUCGCGUCAGCCUGAAGGACGCGCCCAACGUCCCCGACGAUUUUCAAGAGCUUGUUCUCGAUCCUGUAGAAGAUGAGUUUUUCCGACAGAAUCGCUACAAGAACUUUGGCGACCUGGGCGUUAGUCUGAAAAAUAUGGUGGAUCAAUUUCGAGUGCAGAGCCAGAGUAGGAGUAACUUGAGCACUAUCGAAGACAUGAUGAAGUUUGUCGGAAACUAUCCAGAGUUUCGGAAAACGUCGUCUAACGUGAGCAAGCAUGUGGCAUUGGCGGGUGAACUAUCGCGUUUGGUCGGCGAAAUGAAUCUUUUGGAAGUGUCGCAACUAGAGCAAGACUUGGCCUGUCGCGAAGCAGAAGCAGACCAUCGGAAACGUAUCAUGGAACUCUUGUCGAAGCCAAAUGUGAGCAAAUCAGACAAGUUGCGUAUAGUGAUGCUCUAUGGCUUGAGGUAUGAGGGCACUAACGACCGCGGGCUGCCACUGAUGAAGGACGCGCUCCACAGGAUUGGACUGGGAUCUGAUGGUAUACAUCUUAUUACGGCCGUAAAGGAAUAUGCGGGAGCAGCCAGGCGAUCUUCCGAUGUGUUUUCGAAUCGUUCUUUUUUCGCCAUGGCAAGCAACACGGUUCGUCGAGGAAUAGGCGGAGUGGAUAACAUAUAUACACAACAUGAGCCCCUCCUCGUGUACACGAUUGAUGACCUUUUACGAGGUAAGCUAAAGGCCAUGGAAUAUCCUCUUACUCGAGCAGAGGAUGACCUACAAGGACUGAGCAUUUUGGGUCGUAGUGAAACUGGCGCUUCGCCUUUCAUCCCCGCCCCUCGAGAGCUUGUAAUUGUGAUUGCUGGCGGCGUGACAUACGAGGAAGCCAAAUGCAUAUCUGCCAUCAACAGGGAGAAGAACGCAUUCAUCCCUCCUGAGGGUUCCACAACAGCGUCAGCAGCGGCAGCAGCUCAUCAGCUGAAAGCCCAAAUCAUUCUCGUUGGGAGCUGUGUACACAAUUCCACUUCCUUCGCGGUUGAAAUAUUGCGCAAUGCAACCGGCCAAAAAGUGCCGCACUUCGUGCGCCCAAGACGAUAG